AUGCUUGAUUAAUUAUGUUACUGAUUGUGGUUUCGAGGGGUUUUCACAGGGCGGCUGCUCUUCCGCGAGAUUGUGUUGGGGAUUAUUUUCAGAUGAAAUUGUCUUACAGCCCUUUUGCCCCAUUCUUGCUAUUUCUAAUAGAAUGGAUGGAUUUGGACUAUAGUUGUACAGAUAACCUCCCAAGUUAUUUAGGCCUCCUGAACAUACUUGUAUCCAAGAUAUAUGUUGAUGGAAUGCCAACAAUGUCCUCACAAGAAAGGAAGACCUCUCUAAGGGAAUUCUAUGCUGUUAUAUAUCCUUCACUUCAGCAACUUGAAGGUGAUCUAAUGGAAUUGAUGGAAGACAGUAAGAAAAGAACUCGACGCUCUGAAAUUUUGACCAGGAAGAGGGUUGAGGGGAAGAGUAAGUCCUCUGAUAAAGAUCCUGAGAGAGAUGAUGAGUGUGGGAUUUGCAUGGAAAAUAGUACCAAGAUGGUAUUGCCCAAUUGUGGCCACUCCAUGUGCAUUAACUGCUUCCAUGACUGGAAUGUGCGAUCUCAAUCAUGCCCUUUUUGCCGAGGCAGCCUGAAGAGAGUGAGCUCCAGGGAUUUAUGGGUUCUCACAAAUGACAAUGAUGUGGUGGAUUUAAUUACCCUUGCAAAGGAGAAUCUAAGGUGUUUUUACCUGUACAUUGAAAACUUGCCGCUCAUUGUGCCUGACCACCAUUUGCUUCUCUACGAUUACAUGAUCUGA